AUGCUAGUAUCUCCUGCUCGUGGAGCUGCUAUGCGUGUGAGACUCUUCUCUACUUGCAGGGCCCUCCAACAUGAUAACCCUUUGGGGCUCCCACGCUCUGGUACUCCUCCAUCUUUCCGCUCUCGUCGUAAUCUUCCUGAAAAGCGGAAGAUUCGCGAUGUGAAGAAAGUUGUCGCAGUUUCGUCAGCCAAAGGUGGUGUGGGAAAGUCAACGAUAGCAGUCAACCUUGCGCUCUCCUUCGCACGCCGGGGUAUAAAGACCGGUAUUCUGGAUACAGAUAUCUUCGGUCCAUCUAUCCCAACUCUUCUUAACCUCUCCGGCGAACCUCGUCUCGAUGAAAAUAACUGCCUCGUCCCACUAACAAACUACGGCCUUAAAUCAAUGUCAAUGGGCUAUCUCCUCCCCCAAACACAAGCCGACAGCACAACAGGCGAACUGCCAAUGGACACCACACCAAUUUCCUGGCGCGGCCUGAUGGUCACAAAAGCAAUGCACCAACUCCUCCAUUCAGUCUCCUGGGGACCCCUAGACGUCCUUAUCCUGGACCUACCUCCAGGAACAGGCGAUGUCCAACUAACAAUCAACCAAGAAAUCAUAAUCGAUGGCUCGGUCAUCGUAACAACACCUCAAGAUAUCGCACUCCGUGAUGCAGUCCGCGGCAUCGGCAUGUUCCAGCGCAUGGAAGUCCCAGUCCUCGGAAUGGUCCGUAACAUGGCAUUCUUCGCUUGCCCGCAGUGCGGACAUCAGAGUCGCAUUUUCUCACAUGGCGAUAAGCCUCAUGUUCACGAUGAGACGCAUGGUGUUGUUGCGGAAUGUAAGAGACUCGGUGUGGACUUCCUUGGUGAUAUCCCUCUUGAUGCUCGGGUCUGCGAGGAUGCCGAUCGGGGCAUGCCUACUGUUGUUGCGGAGGAGAGUGUCGAGCGUAGUGCUAGGCGCCAGGCUUUCCUUGAUGUUGCGGAGCAGGUUGCGAAGAAGAUUGGGCUUGAUUGGCAGUGA